UUCAAAGAUACGCUUGAAUUGUAUCCGACGUUUCCCAUCCACACAUUCUCCGAAGACGACUCUCUGAACUCACAUCACAAUCCGAUACAUCGUUCUUUAUGAGUCUUGUGGUAUCGCUGUAACUUAUGACGCAAAUUAACUGCGACACCAAAUCUGAAGUCAUCUCCACUUUUCAUGGUCACCCUGUAUUCGAAUGUGCAACGUGUUCCGCUGUCAUUGCUCUGCAAGAUGAGCUUAUAAGCAAAUCAUUCUCCGGGCGAGAUGGCCGCGGCUAUCUCAUGCAUUCUGCUAUAAAUAUCAAGGCAGGGAGAAGAGAGGACCGCCCACUGCUAACUGGCGUACACACUGUGGAAGACGUCUACUGCAAAGGGUGCAAUGAGCGACUGGGUUGGAAAUACGUGAAAGCUUCUGACAAUUCGCAGAAGUACAAGGAAGGAAAGUUUCUCCUGGAAAGAGAGAAAUUGGUGAAGAAUAACUCUUGGACGUUGGACUCAUGAUCCUCGCUGGCUGGCUCGUUUGAUUACUGUAUGCGUCUGUCUUGUCUUCCACUAC